CGUCAUGCUGUCGGGCGGGCGCGCCGCUCAGCGUCUCAGUAUCGUUCAUCCGUAGCUUGAGCUCAGUCGUUUGCCGUGAUUCUAACAAAUACACUAGAGAAAAUGGCCCGAUACGGAUUCACCGCAUUGAACCUCGCCGUUCUAUUGGCUUUAUUCGAAAUUGGAUCCUGCCUACAUUGUUACCAAUGUAAUUCCGAAACAGACCCGGCUUGCGGAGACCCCUUCAAAAGCACAAAGCAUCAAGUGGACUGCAUGACGCAAGACUCAAUUAACUACAACACUCUCUACCUACGCUCCGUGCUGCCUGGUGAGGUGUUCGGCAGUGUGGUCGGCGCUCCUAGAUACUGCCACAAAAUUGUUAUGCAGACUGGCACCGUAGUGCGCACCUGCCUGGACGCGAACCCCGCUGACAUCAACCACACGUGCCGCUCCCUGGAGAACUCCUCCAAGCUCGCCAACAUCGACCCCACCAAGAAGAUCAAGCACUGCAGCGUGUGCGACAAGGACAACUGCAACGCCGCCACCUCUCUCUCCUUCUCUCUCCCCCUCGCCACUCUAGCGCUUAUCGCUUCCUACUUGUUCUGCAAGCAAUAAUAUCUAAACAACUUCAAAGCAAGUGAACAACUAUUGGUAUAGCUUAGGCACCUUCAGUGUACCGCUUGCAUUUGUUCAAAAAGGUGCCAAAAUCACAAUUUCUACGUUCACCCCAAAAAUAAGCAGUCUGCAACCAUUGGUCAAGCCGAAAAUGCCUUUUAUAUGAACAUCGGACCGUCCAAUCGUCUGUUUAUUUGCUUUGUGUGUUUAUUUAGUGUUGUAUUUAGGAUAAGUUAUAAAACGUGGCCUAAACACGUUGUGUCUUAUAAAAAUAACUGACACCGUUAUGAGUACCAAAACUAUAUGUAACCAAUAUAUUGUUAGCGUUGAUAGCAAUAAAGAUAAUCUGUACCUGGGAAUUGUUAAGUAGUUUAACCAAUUUUAAAAGGAAACUUUAAAAUAAGACACUUGUUUUUAAAUGGUGUUUUUAUUUAAUGUAUUAACCUGUCUAUGUAUUUAAUAGAACAAACACUAUUGUGGAAAAAUUGAACUGUUGCAUGAGGUAAAUAGAAUCUUACAGCUGUAAUGUGUACUACAUGUUAAGCUUACAAUUUUAUGUGAUACACUCAACAUUGUUAUCGAGACAUUAAAUAAGAAGCAUUUAUGUAUUUAUGUAUAGUUAAAGGCCGUCCUUUUAAUGUAUGUAUGUAUUUUUAAUAAAAAUUAAAUAAAAA